CACAACAAAGUUAAAGAAAAAGUAAAACAAUUCGUCAAAAAAAAGACGAUCAUUUCAACUAAAGAAAAAGAAAAAGCAUCAUCAAUGGUUCACCUUCACCACCACCGUAGAAAAAACAUCCAAACUUCCUCCAUCGCUCUCUCUCCCUAACCCCCAAUCGCCACUCCCAUGGCCUCCACACCCACAAUUCUCACCGCCACUAUCUUCCUCUUCCUCUUCCUCCUCAAAUCGACCAUUUCCCAGCCCACCACCACCACGGACUGCACUGGCCGUUGGAUCCACAUCAGACGGCUGCCCACGCGGUUCAAUCUGGAUCUCUUGUUCAACUGCUCCCAAUAUCCUCUCUUCGACAAUUUCUGCCCCUAUCUUCCCAACCACGGCCUCGGCCACAAGACCCAUCCUCUCUCCCGCAGCUGGUUCCGCACUGACCCUCUCAUGCUCGAGCUCAUCUUCCACCGCCGCAUGCUCGAGUACUCUUGCCUCACCGCCGAUCCCAAUGCCGCCAACGCCGUCUAUCUCCCUUACUACGCCGCCAUCGACGCCCUCCGUUACCUCUACGGCCCCGACGUCAAUGCCAGCGCCGACCACGGCCUCGAAUUGUUCGAUUUUCUCCAAUACGACAGCCCCGGCAUAUGGGCUCGCCGUGAAGGCCACGACCAUUUCCUGGUAAUGGCAAGGCCUUCCUGGGACUUCUCGCAACCUUUGCGCAACGAUCCUCCCUCGUGGGGCACUUCCUUCCUCCAACUCCCCGAGUUCUACAACGUCACGGCUUUGACGUUGGAGGCCAGAGCUUGGCCUUGGCAGGACCACGCCGUCCCUUACCCGACGUCGUUUCACCCGCCGUCCCUCGCCUUCUUGGAGUCGUGGAUGCGCCGCGUGAGGCGCUCCCGGAGGUCCACCUUUAUGCUCUUCGCCGGCGGCGGAGGGAUCUCCGCCACGCCGAACAUCCGGCGGAGCAUUAGGAACGAGUGUACCAGUAAUGUGACUCAGUAUCUUGGUGCGUACGUGAAGCUGUGCGAGGUCGUGGAUUGCUCCAAUGGGGUGUGUGAGCACGAUCCAAUAAGAUAUAUGAAGCCUAUGUUGCAAGCGACCUUUUGCUUGCAACCGCCCGGGGACACACCCACGCGGAGGUCCACUUUUGAUAGCCUUCUCGCCGGCUGCAUACCGGUCUUCUUCGAGGAAUUGUCGGCGAAGUUGCAGUACACGUGGCAUUUGCCGGAAGAGAUAUACAGGGAGUUUUCUGUCUUUAUACCGAAGGAGGAGGUGGUGUUUAAGGGACUGAGAAUUGUAGAGGUGUUAAUGGGUAUACCAAGAACAAGAGUUAGGAGGAUGAGAGAGAAAGUGAUAGAGUUAAUGCCGAGGGUUAUGUACAGGAGGCAUGGGAGUUCCUUCAAUUUCAGGGCAACCAAAGAUGCAUUUGACAUUGCAAUUGAGGCUACCUUACACAGGAUUAAAUCUAGGUUUGAAGAAGAAGUGGCAUUUGAGUAACUUAUUUAUUUAUUUAUUUUUAAUUUCCUUUUACUUCACAAUAGUUCAUUGCACAAGUGCAAGGAAGAUUAUAUUAGAUUCUUUUGUAUCUCAAUUUUGUAAUUUGAAGUUGUUUGGUUAAGUAGAAGAGAACAUAUUUAUAGAUCAUCAAGUAAAAACAA